CAGUUCGGGGUUUGGGCUACGGCGGUGAGUCCGGCGCGGCGCCGCUCCGACCCCGCUGAACCGCGGAGCCCGGGAGCUGUAACCUCGGCCCAGGCAGGCCGGGCGGAGUGGUGGUGGGUGGGCUUAUCCCGCUUGCCCGCGCGGCGCCCACCCAGCUCCCCUGCUUUAUUAUGGGUUGACCCGCGCGCCCGGGUCCUCACGUCAACGCAGAGCGUCGGCGUCCCCGAGAAGCACCUGUCCCGGCCAGCCUCGUAGCUGACGCCGCUGAAGGGCCGGGGCUGGGUCCGGACCCCCCGGCCCGCCGCCCUCCCCGGCCGGCUCUCCUCUCUGCAGCCCUCUGCCCUCGCCUCGGAGGGACCGGGAGCCGGCAUGGCGGGCAGCUCCCCGGCCGCCGGGCCCCAGGGCCUGCUGACCUUUGGGGGCGUGGCUGUGCACUUCACCCAGGAAGAAGGGGCACGUCUGGGCUCUAUACAGAGCCGUGAUGCUGGACACUUACAGGAACCUGGCCUCCCUGGGAGUUCCAGGAUCCAAACCAGAUCUGAUCUCCCAGCUGGAGCAAGGAAAGGAGCCCUGGGGCUCGGACCUGCUGGGGGCCCAGGAAGGAGAGACCACAGGAGACCCCAGCACAGAUUCCAGCCGGGGGUCUUUGCGUAAGCAGGUGAUGGCGAGGGUGAAAAUGACUCAAGCCUCAGAGCCUCCAGAAGCAUCUGGAAGGUUCUCAGGGGGUGGGCCUCCAACACUGGUCUGCAGAGAAGCCACCGGGCACGAGGGCAGGCUAGGGAGCCUUGAGAACUUCCUUUUCCAGGAGAGACAACCACACAGAACCUACUGGACCAUCUCCAAAGCAGAAGGUGCCCAGAAAGGCGGUAAGUGGGGACCCAAACUUCUCCGCAGCCCGCGCCCCGGGGCCCGUGAGAGAAACACGAAACGGCAGUGAGCCCAGACGUGCGAAACGUGCGCCAAGAGCUUCCGGUACCUCUCGCGCCUGGUGAGACACCGGGCCACGCACAGCGGCGAGAAGCCGCACGCGUGCGGGGAGUGCGGCCGCGCAUUCAGCCAGCGCUCGCACCUGGCGCAGCACCGCAGCGCGCACGCGGGCCAGAAGCCGCACACCUGCGGACAGUGCGGCCGCGCGUUCACGCGGCUCUCCACGCUGCACCGCCACCAGCGCGUCCACAGCGGCGAGAAGCCCUUCGGGUGCCAGUGGUGCGGGAAGCCCUUCAGUUACAGCACCCUCCUCGCCCAGCACCAGCGGAUCCACACCCGAGAGAGGCCGUUCCAGUGCGCGAGGUGCGGGAAGAGCUUCAUCUGGAAGUCCAGCUUUCGGAACCACCAGAAAUCACACCUGUGCAGCGAGGCAGCGUGGACCUCUGUAAGCUAAGCUCUGGAAGCAGCCGCUGGAGGGGAGAGCUUGGGACUCGCUGCUACUCCAAGGAGCGCCCCAGAAGGAUGUCCCCGGGCACGUGCAGCAGUGCCAGAGCGAGACCAGCACGAGGGACCGGGUUGUUUCUCCACCCGCGAUCAACUUGUACAUUUCGGGUCCUUCCCAUGACAGGGGGGUGGCCCAGGCCUGCCUGCCCCGGCGGGCACCGCCCGAUAGCCUGCUGGGUUCCGCGUGGCUGUGGCACUUCUUGGACAAAUUGAUGGUUUGAAAGUCACUAUUUUCAAGUGCAUCCAGAUUUUACUUUUGAAACUUAAAACGUAGGUCUUUGUCUCUAUUUGCAUCAUAGAUGGGUUCUAAACGCCUCUGAAAUCCAGAUGGGCUACAGAGCUUUUGGAUAAUCAAUCUUUCAUCACACAGCAGCCCUGAGCACCUGGCGAAGGGCAUGGGUAGGUCACAUAACUCUAGUCAUCAUUUGGUUCUGGCUUGUUAUUUUUGGAUGCUGAUUUGUUGCAGGAGGAUGUGAUUGGUCCACUUAGGGCCGUUUAGCCCUUGCGCUGUUGGCACUGGCUUUACUCACUCAGCUUCACUUUCCUGUAUGCUCACUCUUUGCUUGUGUCAGCCCAUAUGAAACACUGAGUGUGCAUGUCAUUUGAACUGUUCUUUUUUUCCAGCCAGUUCUUCCAUACAGAAUAGGUUUGCAUAGUAUGAAUGCUUUCUAUACAAUAAUAACAUUAAAAACUAUUAAAACACAUGGAGGAAAUAUGAGACAACAGAUAUAAAAGAAGCCACUGGUCAUGAAACACAGAAGGUCCAUAGGAAAGUUAGUUUGCAAAUGCUGCCCACGCACCGGGGGCCAGGGAGGAGGCUGUGCCUUUGUGUCCUGUGACCACCCACUGAAUUCUUAUCAUUCCCGGAUACAUCAUACCACCACUUACAGGCUGAGCGUCACCAUGUCUAAUGAAACUCCAGCCAUUUUCCUACAGACAUAUUCAAUAACUUAAUUACAGAAGCAAUACGUGAUCAUUUGAGGGAACAUACAAAUAUAUAGAUAUAAGAUAAAAUAAAAUAUGGGACUUCCCUGGCGGUUCAGUGGUUAAGACUCUGCUUCCACUGUAGGGGAAUCUCCAAUCCCUGGUUGGGGAACCAAGAUCCCACAUGCCAUGCAGUGUGGCCUAAAUAAAUAAAUAAAUAAAUAAAUUUAAUUAAGUAAAAUAUAACAGGAAGUUUUAUUUUGACUCAUAUUGGUGCUGUAGGAACCCAGUAAACUGACAAUGAAAAGGGGGGAUUUGGGUGUUGCCCACAGUGUUUCACCCAAACUAUGUAGAUUCAAAGCUGUAACAGAAGAAAACUUUUCCUGAACUAAAGGAAUAUCUGAUUUCAGUACUGAAAGACCCGAUUGUGCACUAAGAAAAAAAUAGAGAACACAAAGUCUAAUGAAAUGACUGAACCACAAAGAUAAAAUACUGUACAAACAUCCAGGAAAAAGUAGGUCACCAACAGAGGAAAAAAGUCAGUUUGCCCCAGACUUUAAUGAACAAAGACUGUAGCUCUUUCCGUAUUUAUUUCCUUGAUGUGUCGUAGUCAUAUUUUAUUUAUUUAUUUAUUUAUUUAUUUUAUUUUGGCCGCGUGUGGGGCAUGCAGGAUCUUAGUUCCUGGUGCCCCCUGCAGUGGGAACUUUGAGUCUUAACCACUGGACCGCCAGGGAAGUCCUACAAUCAUGUUUUAAAGCUCAUUUCCUUUCUCUUCCCUUUACCUCUUUCCUACUAGUGUGUGAUCACAAUAGUUAAAUUCAAAUUAAGUUCAUAAGAUGCAAAAAAUAUGAUGGAAUCUUGCCAGAAAUAAAGGAGACGACAUGGCUCCGAAACACUACUAUGUGAAACAGGAUGCAAUUAAUGAACCAGACACUGGAUUAUCUUCCUUUGGGGAGGGGGAGGGAGUGGUUUCAGAGCUAUGUAAUAAUUGCAUUAUGUUGGAAUGGUUUGAGAGGAAGUUUUGAAAUUGCUUUUCGAGGAAAUGUGCUUAUGUGGAUAUCAGGUUUUCAAGGGGUGGAUUGUAAUGAACAUCUCUUGGUUCAGCCCAUCCCACAUCCAUCCCCUCCUCCUUUCUUUUUGUAAGAGCACCUCACCUUUGGUUUGCAGCACUUCCUAGGAUCUGUUGUAGGAAGUCACAGUGGUGGUCUCAGUCUGGGUGCACCCCCUCCCGUGGCCACUGGUCAACCCAGGAGGAAGCUAAGGCAAUCAGACCCUCCCGUCCAGUCCAUCACUGAAGGGAAAGGUGUGUAUAUAUCUCAUGUCAUCUGUGAAUAGUGAUGGAUUUACUUCUUUCCAAUUUGGAUGCCUUUUCUUUUUCUUGCCCAGUUACUCUGGCUAGAAAUUCCAGUACAAUGUUGAACAGAAGUGGCAAAAAUGGAUAUUCUUGUCUAAUUUCUUACCUUAGGGGGAAAGCUUUCAGUCUUUCAUUCAUUGAGUAUGAUGUUAGCUGUGGGUUUUUCAUAAAUGCCCUUUAUUAAGUUGAGGAAGUUCUCUUCUAUUCCUAGUUUGUUGAGUGUUCUUAUCAUGAAAGGGUGUUAGAUUUUGUCAAAUGCUUUACCUGCAUCAGCUGAGAUGAUCAUGUAUUUUUUUCUUUUUGUCUUUUUUUAAAACAAUUACAAGGCAUUGUUUUAUUUUAUUUUUUUAUUAUUUAUUUAAAAAUUUUUUGGCUGUGUUGGGCCUUUGAUGCUGCACGCGGGCUUUUCUCUGGUUGCGGCGAGUGGGGGCUACUCUUCGUUGUGGUGCACAGGCUUCUCAUUGCGGUGGCUUCUCCUGUUGCAGAGCACAGGCUCUAGGCGCACGGGCCUCAGUAGUUGUGGCACGCGGGCUCAGUAGUUGUGGCUUACAGGCUCUAGAGUGCAGGCUCAGUAGUUGUGGCGCACGGGAUUAGUUGCUCCGUGACAUGUAGGAUCUUCCUGGACCAGGGCUCGAACCCGUGUCCCCUGAAGUGGCAGACGGAUUCUUCACCACUGCGCCACUAGGGAAGCCGUCUUUGUCCUUUUAA